UAGUAGUCAAAAAUUCUCUUAGCUUGGGCAGAUGCUCUCUCUAUUCAGUCAUUACCCUUUAUUCUGCUGUCUGUAGCCCCCUGAAUAAAUCUACUGUCUGUCACGGAUUGAGGAUGCCCAUCCCCCACCCCCACCUGCCCCAAUGGUUUCUUCCUUAUAGGGCAGUAUUAGUAGAAUCUCUCCCCCUUCCUGGUUACCACUCCUCUAUGUAAAGUAGAACACAAACCAUGUAUUCCCCCUCGUCCCUGUUUCUUUGUUCAUAAUACUGUGUUUUUGUUAAUGAACCUUAACAUUGUUAAGUUUGUUCAUUUGUUUGGUUUUGGCACCCAAAUCAUGCCCUUGUCUUAUACUAACUUGUAAACGAACUAAUCCCCCAGAGCAGUUGAUUUUGGAGCCUGAGUGGCAGACGGAACAUCUAUGUCUCUGAGAUGGGCUCUUUUUUUCUGACCCAGAGCUCUUUGAGAAUUCCGAUUGGGUCCUGUGGGUGGGUCUCAUCUAAAGCAUGCCUCUCUCCCAGCACGGCGUCGUUGGAGAAUUUGAAAAGCCUGCCUGUGGAUUGCUAAUGCAUUUACCUAGGCUCAGGGCUCUGAAGAGGGUGACAAAUCCCUCAUAACGAGUUUGCCAAAUGCAUGCUGGCAGCCGCCGGAUUCAAGGCUUCUGGGCGAAGGGAGAACAAAACCCAGGCCUGGCGGCCGGACGGGUCAGGAAAGCAGAGCAGCGCGUGGGUUCGCGCAUUGACAUGUAAAUGUCAGAGCCGCCUGAAGCUGUUCCCCAGCAGACCCUCCCGCCAUCCCACCUCCACACAAAGCCCGGCUCUCGAGGCCUUGGCUUUGCCUUUGUGGGGCCCCGGCCGUCCUGGCUGCAGAGGCAAGUCCCCGUCCUGAAGAUGGCAUAGUAAAAAAAAAAAAUAAAACAGAAGGCACCUUCUAAUGAUCGUGAACAUCUCUACCCGUGGAUGCCAGCCCAGGCCAGUGGCUUCGUGUUGAGCCGAAGGAACUUGUCCACUGUAUUGCCGAAAACCUCUUUCUCUCCUAAUUCAUGAGCCAGCAGGAUGCGGUCGCUGCGCUUUCAGAACGCCUUCUCAUAGCUGCGUACAAAGGCCAAGCGGAGAAUGUGGUUCAGCUCAUCAACAAGGGCGCCAAGGUAGCGGUUACCAAGCAUGGCCGGACCCCCCUGCAUCUUGCUGCCAAUAAGGGCCAUCUUUCUGUGGUCCAGAUCUUGCUGAAGGCUGGCUGUGACCUUGAUGUCCAGGAUGAUGGGGACCAGACCGCCUUACACCGGGCCACGGUGGUGGGGAACACUGAGAUCAUCGCAGCACUCAUCCAGGAGGGAUGUGCCCUGGACAGACAAGACAAGGAUGGGAAUACAGCCCUGCAUGAAGCAUCCUGGCAUGGUUUCAGCCAGUCAGCCAAGCUGCUCGUUAAAGCAGGAGCCAAUGUGCUUGCCAGGAACAAGGCGGGGAACACGGCUCUGCACCUGGCCUGCCAGAACAGCCACUCCCAGAGCACACGCGUCCUCCUGCUGGGUGGCUCCCGCGCUGACCUCAAAAAUAAUGCAGGCGACACCUGUUUGCACGUUGCUGCGCGCUAUAAUCACUUGUCCAUCAUUAGGCUCCUCCUCAGUGCUUUCUGUUCUGUCCAUGAAAAGAACCAGGCUGGAGACACAGCCCUUCAUGUUGCUGCUGCCCUAAAUCACAAGAAGGUGGUUAAACUCUUACUAGAAGCUGGAGCAGAUGGAACCAUCAUCAAUAAUGCAGGCCAGACUCCGCUGGAGACCGCCCGCUACCACAACAACCCAGAAGUUGCUCUCCUCCUCACUAAAGCUCCCCAGGUCUUGCGCUUCAGUCGUGGGCGAAGCCUGAGGAAAAGGAGAGAGAGGCUCAAGGAAGAAAGGAGGGCCCAGUCCGUGCCAAGAGAUGAGGUGGCCCAAAGCAAGGGAAGUGUCUCAGCAGGGGACAGCCCCAGCAGUGAACAGGCUGUACUCAGAAAAGAGGAAGCCAGAGAUGAAUUUCUGUCAGCCUCCCCGGAACCCAGAGCCAAGGAUGACAGGAGGAGAAAGGCAAGGCCUAAGGUGUCAGCAUUGUCUGACCCCACCCCACCAGCAGACCAACAGCCUGGACACCAGAAGAGCUCACACACACAUCACCACCCCAAGAAGAGGGGCCGGCACCGGUGCUCGUCCCCACCACCACCCCAUGAGUUCAGGGCAUACCAGCUCUACACGUUGUACCGGGGCAAGGAUGGCAAAGUGAUGCAGGCACCAAUAAACGGUUGUCGAUGUGAACCUCUGAUCAACAAGCUGGAGAAUCAGCUGGAGGCAACGGUAGAGGAGAUUAAGGCAGAGCUGGGAUCGGUGCAGGAUAAAAUGAACACCAAGCUGGGGCAUAUGGAGAGUAAGACCCAGCACCAAAUGCGAGUUCUGGACAAACUGAUGGUUGAGCGACUCUCGGCAGAGAGAACAGAGUGUGUGAAUCGUUUGCAGCAACACUCAGAUGCGGAGAAGCAUGAGGGAGAGAAACGACAGAUGUCCUUGGUGGAUGAAUUAAAAACCUGGUGUGUGUUAAAGAUUCAGAAUCUGGAGCUGAAGCUUUCUGGAGAUUCUAGGGCCUCCAGGGCUAAAUCUACACCAUCUACUUGUGAAUCCUCUACAGGUGUGGAUCAAUCAGUGGUGACUGCAGGUCCAGCAGCAGCUUCUGACAGCUCCUCUCAGGUGGUCAGGCCCAAGGAAAAGGCCCUCAAUUCCACUGUUGCUCAGAGACUCCAGCAGGAGCUAUCUUCCUCUGACCGUGCAGGCUCCCGGCUGAGGAAUGCCAAGGUCCAGACAGCACUGCUACCCCUGAAUGAGGCAGCCAGAUGUGAUCAGCAGGCUGGGCCUUGCGUCAACAGAGGCACUCAAACCAAGAAGUCUGGGAAAAGUGGGCAGAUGAGGCAUCGAGCCCAGCAACCAGCACCUAGCACCCACUGUGGGCAGCAGCAACCAGCUGUAGGCAGUGAACUGACUGCCCCCCACAUUCGAGACACCUCCCAAGCCCUGGAGCUUACCCAGUAUUUUUUUGAAGCUGUUUCUACCCAGAUGGAAAAAUGGUAUGAGAGGAAGAUUGAAGAAGCACGAAGCCAAGCCAAUCAGAAAGCCCAGCAAGAUAAGGCCACACUGAAGGAACACAUAAAAAGUUUAGAAGAGGAACUUGCUAAACUAAGGACUAAAGUGCAGAAAGAAAGUUAGGACCUGGAAGGUAGAACAAGAGAGGAUUCUUGAGAAUUUCCAGUUUUGCAACAACGGAAUAGCUAUGCCUAUGGAGUUGAUUUUUGUGCACAUAGCAGACUUGCCUUUAAAAAAAAAACAAAAACCCAAUAAUUUCUGAAGUGUGCCAGACAUAUGCUUCCUAUGCCCUGAAGAUAUGAAGUCUUCAACAAUUAACCUGAAACCAGGGGAGCUUGCUUAGUGUCAUGUUACAUUAUAAACUCUAAACCUCAGUCCAGGUUCAUUUGAAGUUCAAAAGCUCAGAUUAAUUCAGCCCCACUAAGAAAUGGAAUGAUGUGUAAACCUAAACCCUAAAGUUCAAAAGUGGAAGAAAAAAAACAAACUCUUAUGAACUCAAGUAGUCAUUCAUAUAAAUGUCAACCACCUGCUGUGCCUAGAAAGGAGUGUCUUUUAUGUAAGAGUUGUAACUCUGUGAUGUGCAAAACCUCCUUUCUCAAAUUUGUAAUUCCCAAAAUGUUGAUGUUUUAACUAGGUGAAAAUUUAUCAGAUUUUGAGGAUUUUGUGGGAAGAGAUUUUCAUGGUGUCAUAAGAUCUGAUAUAUCUUAAAAUUCCUUGAAAAGAGUUUAUUUAAAUACUCAGUAAUUGGCUAAUAGCAUUGAGAAUGUUUAAUAAUGAACUUGAAUGAGUAAAGUUCAUAUCAUUUGAUCAUUUUUUUGUAUUUUCAGCCAAAACGGUUGAUUAAUCAGUCAGCUGAUUAAUGGAAAAAACCAUUCCUAUAACAAUUAUUGGAAACUUCAACCUAUACAUGAUAAAACCCAGUUACCUUAGAGUACCUUUCUGAAUUUGAGAUUUUUGGUGUACAUUUUGUAGGAAUAAGAAAAAUUUUUGAAAGUAUUUCAUUUUGAAUUGAGUUCUGUCAUUGAAGAACCUCAGAUACUUUCUAUUGUUUUGCAGUGAUAAUGUGAAGGCAAAUAAUUCAGUAACUAGAUUUAGACACCACUACUCCCUAGCUUCAUGGAGCCCUGAAGACUUUACUUUUGCUACAUAAUGAAAUAUAAACACAGAAAUAAAGUUGUAAAAGUAGCCUGGUUAUGUUGAAACUUUGGAUUCAGCUCUCUUCCAAGCUGUGUCCCUGGGAAUGUGGGAUUAUAUGCAUCUCCUCAAAAUUCUUCAUGUGCAUUGAAACUUCAUUUCUAUAACCAUAGGAACCUGGUAACUGUUGGCCAUAAUUGUGAAUAAAAUGUUGCUCAUUGAGCCAAAAAGAAGAUAGUGACUUUUUAGCAUGGAACACUCUAGUGGUGGUGGGGGGAAACUUUUAUUUUUUUUCCCCUUAGAGUGACAUUCCAAGGAUAUAAACAUUCCUUUAAAAAAAAAAAAAAAGUAAUUCAGUAGAUAUGUGCCACUGUUAUGUAACCCGAAUACAGAAUGAACUGGAUAUUAUUCCAAGCUGAUUUCCUGUGUGUGAGAGCUUGUCUGCAGUUCUUCCCUGCAGCCCCCGGAUUCCUGUGGACUAUUCCUAGGAAGGCUCUCCUCUCAAUUCCCUAUUUGUUUCUAAUGCAGAAUCAGACUUGUACAGCUAGAUGGUACCUUCAGUUUUCUAAAUCUAUUUGCAACAAGAUAUCACUAUUCAUUCCUCCAUAUACACCCAUAUACUGGGAAUUGCCUAACACUCAAAGCAGAGAUGAAGUCCUGAACAGCUCAAGAAAUUAUGCUCCAAACAGGAGGCAUUCUCUCAUAAAAAUAUAUCCUAUCAGGGCUGGGGAUAUAGCUGAGUUGGUAGAGUGCUUGCCUCAUACGCACAAGGCCCUGGAUUCCAUCCCCAGCAACACACACACACACACACACACACACACACACACACACACACACUUCCUAUUAAAAGGUAUCCUUGUUGAUAAACGCUGAAAAAAAAUUGAUCUAUCAAGUCUGUCUAGACCAUAGAAUGCCUUGAUGGGAGGAAGUGUUUCCAUUAUAUUCCUCCUACCCAUCAGAAGCAGGCAACUUAUCACUGUGAACUGGGUAUUUUUGUUUGUAGUUAGUCUAGGGAGGAAUGAGAAGGGUCAAGUGGAUCUAAUCUGGCUGGAUCUAGCUGGCAGAUGACACUGUUGUGGAAGAAAAUCAAGGGAGGCAAGGAAGCCUGAUUCAAGCAAGGAAAUAACCUGUGGUGAUUUUAGUUUUCCAAUGACAAUGUUUUUUUGAUCCUCUUUGGGACUUUCUACACAAUUUGUUUUUUAAAAGGUAGGUUUGGGCUGCUUUUCUUUUCUUUUAAGCUGUUUUAUAAUAGAGACAGGAGGGAUGGGUCUCUGCCUCUCCCAAGCCAAUAGACCAGUCAGCCUCUAAAACCCACAGGGAUGACAUCAUCAGUGCAAUGGCGCUUUUCUUUCACUGAGUUAGGCCUAUUUUUGUUCCUUAACCUUGACAAAAACUUAAAUGCAGAUCUGGUGUGUACUUAAAAAAAAUUCCCUCCAUGCUAUCUGCUAAAAUGAAUAAAUACCUCAACUGUAUUUUGUUCCAAAGAAGGAACUGUUAACCUACAUGACAGGCUAUAAAGUGUUAUGUUUCAAACUAAGGUUAAAACUUUCAGUCACUAUGGGAAAAAAUGAUUUAAAACAGAAAAGUUAUAUAAUAGUAGUUCUUAAAGUUUGUUAGUGCAUUACUGCAUUUAGUAUACUAAAUAUCUAAUAGAUUAAACAUGUUAAUAUAUUAGUUUUAAUCUCACUUUUGAUUUUGGGAGCCCAAAAUAAAGGAAGUGGUGUUUCAUGUCAAUAUCCUUUCUUGAGUCAUAUGUUGACAUACUUGAGAGGCAGGUUGUCUUCUCCUUAAUAUUUUUAUCAUCUUGAAUUUGUCUCCUCCAAGCGUUAAACAUAGUUUUUACUUCUAUAGAUCCUAAACUCCUUAUUUAAAAAAAUGAAAAGCGUGACUACCUUUAUUGUCAUUUGUUGUGAUUGACUAAUUUUAUGAUUCUUGAAAGAGUGCCUUUACCUAGCCACACUUUACCUUGUGUCUAUAAAAGGAUAAAUUAGAGCAAUUAUAUCUGCUUUAAAGUCGAGAUCAGCUAUACUGCAUCAAAACGAAACUACAUGUUAAGAUUUCUCUAUGUAAUCUUAAGUGUUUAAAACAACUGUUGACCAUUUGGAAAAUAGUGAACAAAGGGGAAGAAUAAAACAUCUGUAGAAUUACAUAACAUGCAAACCAAGCUGUUACACCUUUUGAUAAACUGUUCCUAAAAGUUAAAUACAUUUCUUCAUGUGAAAUUAAGAUUGUAAUAGCCAGUCAUAAAAUUUAAAAGACAGACCAGUUUAAAAAACAAUGACCUUUUAGAGGAACUUUUAUUAUAAAACUUGUGAUUUUUAAGGGGAAACACUCAAGUGUGUAUUAACUUAAAUACAUUAGGCAAAAGACGGUAAUAUACAUGGAUUUACUCAGUAAACAAAAUAGCAAAUUUAAUCCUAAUUUCCUAAAAGCCUGAUUCAAGCAAGGAAAUAACCUGUGGUGAUUUUAGUUUUCCAAUGAUAAUGUGUUUUUGAUCCUCUUUGGGAAUUUCUACACAAUUCGUUUUUUAAAAGGUAGGUUUGGGCUGCUUUGCUUUUCUUUUAAGCUAUUUUAUAAUAGAGAUAGGAGGGGAUGGGUCUCUGCCUCUCCCAAGAGUGUCUGCUGGCUUGACUGCAAUAAUUCACACAGCAGAGAAUAUGUUUUGCUUUCCUCAGUUACUGGAAAGUCACUUGUGUGUCUACAGGCAUACACAUAGCAAUGCUUGUGCCAUGAAUUUAAUUUAUAAGGGCAAACUUACAAAAUGGCCUUAACCACUUAUGUUACAAAGCUUUUGUACUUUAACUUUUCAAAUAGGAUUGGUUUAUUAUAGGUUAAAUACUUAAACCUCCCCCAUCUCCCCAUUGGGGGUUGAAUCCAGGGUCUCACACAUACUAGGCAAGCAUUAUACCACUGAAGUACACUCUCAGCCUUUUUGAAUUUUUAAACUUUGAGACAAGAUCUCACCAUCUUGCCCUGGCUGGCCUUUUUUCUUUUUGGUACUGGGGAUUGAACUCAAGUACUCAACCACUGAGCCACAUCCCCAGCCCUAUUUUGUAUUUUACCUAGAGACAGGGUCUCACUGAGUUGCUUAGCACUUUGCCAUUGCUGAAGCUGGCUUUGAACUCAUGAUCCUCCUGCCUUAACUUCCUGAAUAACUGGGAUUACAGGUGUGCACAACCCUGCCCAAUUCAAACUUCUUAAAAUUUAGGAAGGAAAAUUUAAUCUUCACACAGAAGUACAGUUUAUAGAAGACACCCAGAAAGGUUUAUCCAGAAUACUGAUAAAGAUCACUUUAUGAUGUGUCACCAGCAAUUCUAUUCUGGCCAAAAUUUUUGUGGUUUCACACUUGAGAAGAAACUGCUAAGUGAAUUUCCUCUUAGGCUAAACAGCAAGAGUUGGCCAAUAAUACAGAUGGGAUAAAGGACUUAAGUGCACAAAGGAAAAGAACUGUUCUUUAGAGAUAAAGGUAAGUAAAAGGAUGGAUGUUAGUUAAUCUUGGCCUCUGGAAAAUAAGAAUUCAAUUUCCAGUUGUUUUAUCUGCUUUAAUAUAAAAUUAAACCAGAGUGGUGGUACACAUCUGUAAUCCCAGUGACUUGGUAGGCUAAGGCAGAAGGAUUACAAGUUGAAGGCCAGCCUGGGCAACCUGGUGAGACUAUCAAAAUACAACAGCCUGGGGAUGGAACUCAUUGGCAGAGAGUCCCUGGAUUCAAUGCCGAGUACUGCCAAAACCCCCAAACCACAGAUUUUCUUGGAGUCUAAUAUUAAUUUCCAAUUUGCAAAUUUAAACCACAAGUGUUCUUUAAAAGUAUUCUGCAUGCACAUCUUUAGGAAGAGUAUCAUCAAAAGUCAGACUUUAACACUGUGUGACUUUUAAAAAUUUCCAGGAUUAGAGACUGCCUAUAUCUGCUAUGUAUAUCAACCAUGUCACACAAAUUAUUUCCAAUUUGUUCUCUGUACAGAAACUCUUCACAAAUGCUUUUGUAUAUCAGAUGGUUUUGCAACAGGUUGAUAAACCUAUUGGCUCAGGCAAGCUUUUUGAAUCAGUAGGUUACCUCUGUGGAAGGGUAUUCAGAAAUAUUUUGUGGACUCUGAAGCUCCAGGAGGUGGGGGUGGACCUUGGCAAGAUAUGUACCAUUAGUUUACAUCUCUCUUCUGGCAUACAGUCCAAUACUGGCAUCAUCUGGUGAAAUUCUGUCUACAUCUUUCAGGUGCUGGUCAUAUUUUUGAUUCACUUCUUAGUUUUGUUCUGUUGAACGGAGGACUUCAGUUUGUAGACUGGCAAUUCCAGCGUCUUUCACUAAAUUAAUUGUAUGUUAUAAACUAAACCUCUUUCAAAAGUGUCCUGAAGUCAACUUUGGGGAUAUAGUUCUCUUUUAGUGAAGGAGAUUAAACUUAGGGCCUUGGGCAUGCUAAGUAAGCACUCUAUCACUGAGCUAUAUCCUCAGCCUAUAAUAUAUUUGUUUCUUAAAUUUUUCCUGUUACAGGAGAAGAAUCUAAUGCACCAAGGAUAUUCCUUAAUGAUUUAUGUCCUUCUGUGAGGAUGUUAAAAGGCAAUUAUGGACAUUUCAUCCAGAAGUUGCCUAAAAUCUUUCCUCUUCUUGGUGUUUCAGUGUGUUCAAUAAAUUCUUUUUCUUUUUCUUUUCAACAAAGAUCCAGAUUCCCAGUGGUCUUUUUAGAGAGUUCUUUGACUACCAAACUAUGACACAUCUGAAGAACAUACCCCAACAAUCUUGAAGGUUUAUACAGAAGGAUUUUUUCAAGAAAAUUCCAGAGUAUCUCCUGGGGUUAGUAUGUCUCUAGUCCUGCAUCUAAUGCUAUUUAACAGCUUGAGAUCUGAUUCAUAUACUGUAUAUUUAGAAUGCAUUUGAGCAUAUUCAUAGUUUAUUCAGAGUUGUACAACUAGCACCAUAAUCUAACUGUAGGACAUUUUCAUAAACCCCCAAAGAAAUAUCACACCCAUUCACCAGCUACUUUUCCAUUUUACCCAUGGCCCUAGGCAGAACAACCUGGACAUUUCAUAUAAACAAAUCCGUAUGAUACAAUUUUUUGUGACUGGCUUCUUUAACAAUGUUAUCAAAGUUCACCUAUGUAUGUUAUGAAUCAGUCCUUCAUUUCUUUUUAUUGCCAAAUAAUAUCUUGUAUGAAAAUACUAAAUUUUAUAUAUUAACUGAUAAA